AUGCCACGUUCUGUUCCAUCUGGGUAUGCUUUAGAAUUCUAUGAUUCAUAUGUUGAUAAUUUAAUCGCAAAAAGUUCAGAUGGAAGUCUUAUUACUAUCAAAAAAGAUUCGGCAGGUGGCCCAAGAUGGUCAUUAGAAUGUGCUUCAAAUGAAACAUUAUCAACUAUUUCUUAUUCAAUUAAUUUAACUAAACAUGAACAAGGAAUAUUAAGUGGUUAUGAUGCAUCAAAAAUACGUCAAAAUCGUUAUAUAGGCAUAUUAGGCUAUUCUAUUUUUGGUUAUUUAGAGCCAAUGGAUGAAGUAGAAAAUUUGCCUCUAAUGUUAAUCGUUCAAAGUCUGCCUGAAUGGCCUAUUCAUUUAACAUUACCACCUACUACUAAUCGCGUACCAGGUCAACAAACAUAUAGUACUGCCAGUGGUAUAGCUAAAAAUUAUUAUCAUUUAGCCGAUACACAAGUAUUCAUGGGACCAAGUAUGAAUGUCACAUAUAUCCCUAUUUCUUAUGAUGAAUUAUAUCAACAAAAAACAAAAUCACAACUGUCAUUUGAUCAGAAUCUAAUAGAACAAAACUAUAUUCAAAGAUCAUUAUCAUUUUAUGUAGUUAUCUAUACCGAAGAUAUAGAUAAUUUGGACGUUGAUAUGGCCACUAACCUAAGUGUACAGGCAAUGAAAAACUUAUUAUUAUAUUACAAUAAUGUCCCAUUUCCACUUUAUACAGUUGCAAUGGAAAUGACUAAACCUUUAGAUGACAAGCAUAGCUAUGGUAUUAGUAUGGAGCAUUUAAAUAGUUGUACAAUAAAUAUUGAAUAUGGUAGUGGUAUACAUAAAAAUAGUACAAAAGAUCAAAUAAGAAUAUUCCAAUACAAUCUAGCACAUCAUAUUCAACAUGCUUGGUUACCGAAACGGCUAUUUUCAAAAUUUUACUAUCCAUUUAUAUUUGAGUUAACACCAGUUAUCGAUACAAUUUGGUUUAACGAAGGUUUUGGCCAAUACAUAGCUAUGGAUGCAAUGGCUCGUGCUUUGCCAUUAAAUGAAUCUUAUGAGUAUCGACAAUAUUUUAUUAAGAAUCGUUUUGAAUAUAAGGUUAAUUUGGCACCAUUAUUUAUAAAACAAAUGCCAUUACCAUAUUUAUCUAUGAUUGCAUCAUCUUUAUUUUCUAUUGAUGUUCGAACAACUAUAAAUGUAAAUUCACGUGGGGCAUUAAUGGCUAAAGAUAUGGAUGAACUAAUACAGUUAAACACACAAAAACAAAAGAGCCUUCGUGAUGGUAUAAUUUAUAUGCUGAACUGGUCAGAAUGUAAUUCAUAUAUUAUUCCAUUUACAAUGGAACAGUUUCCUAAAUUUUUUAUGAAUGCUACUAAUGUUGAUGUUAGUCCGGUUUUAGAAAAAUGGUUACAAUGA